CUCUCUCCAAUCUCACUAAAUCUACGUACACUUGUCAAUCUCUGUCUCGCCCUUGCUUGCUUCUCCAUCUUGUUAUAUUUCCUGUUCAAGUAUUGCUGCUACGUGAUUCCCAUAUUUGAACACUGAGACGCAACUUCAAAUUGACCCCAAACUCAGGACAGUAGAUUCAAUUGGAAAUGGGCACACAGAGCUCUUCACCUCCUCGGUGGAAAUAUGAUGUCUUUUUGAGUUUUAGAGGCGAGGAUACUCGAAAGGCUUUUACAGACCAUUUAUACGCUGCAUUGGACCAUCAAGGAAUCAUAACUUUCAGGGAUGAUCCUGAACUUCACAAAGGGGAAGCUAUUUCUCCAGCACUUUUUGCUGCAAUUAAAGAAUCAAGAUUUGCCCUCAUUGUUCUCUCACAAAAUUAUGCAUCCUCGACAUGGUGCUUGGAGGAACUUGUGAGAAUUCUGGAAUGUAUGAAAGCAAGAGAAGCUGUGCUGCCAAUUUUCUAUGAUGUUGAUCCCUCUGAUGUACGAAAGCAAACAGGGAGUUUUGGUGAAGCCUUUGCUAAUCAUGAAGAAAGGUUUAGCGAUGACAAGGAGAAAGUGCGGAGGUGGAGAUCUGCAUUAACAGAAGUGGCAAGUUUCUCAGGGUGGAAUUCAAAGGAAUGGUAUGAAUCAAGGCUCACUACAAAUAUUGUUGAAGUUAUAUGUAAAAGAUUGCAACCUACAUCAUACAGUUAUGCAGAAAAUCUAGUUGGAAUUUACUCAAGAUUGCAUCGAGUUAAUUCGCUUUUAAGUGUAGGGGAGGAUGACGUCCGCUUCAUUGGUAUAUGGGGAAUGGGCGGGAUUGGUAAGACUACUAUGGUAAGAGCGGUGCAUGAGAGAAUCUCUCAUGAAUUUGAAUCUAAUUUCCUUCUUACCGAUGUUAGAAACUCCUCCGUUGAAAAAGGUGGUUUACUUAAUCUGCAAAAGCAACUUCUCUCUGGGAUUGGGGCAAAAAACGUUGACAUAUUAGACCUUCAUGUAGGAGCCACCAUAUUACAGAAGUUAUUAUGUCACAGAAAAGUUCUUCUCAUUCUUGAUGAUGUGAACCAUUCAAGUCAUUUAAAAUAUUUGGCAGGAAGCCAAGAGUGGUUUGGUUCAGGGAGUAGAGUUCUUAUCACAAGUAGAAAUGAGCAUUUGUUGAUUGAACAUGGAGUGGAGUUAAGAUUAAAGGUCGAAGAAUUAAAUAAUGAUGAUUCUCUUCAGCUUUUUAGCUGGAAAGCAUUCAAAAGAGGUUACCCUGAAGAAGAUUUUCUUGGUUUGUCAGAAUCUGUUACAAGUCAUGCCAAAGGUCUUCCUCUAGCUCUUGAAGUACUGGGUUCUUAUUUGUAUGGAAGAGAUAUAAGUGAAUGGAAGAGUGCACUGGGAAAACUGGGAAGAGUUUGUAACCCGGAAAUUUUUGACGUCCUUAAAAUAAGUUACAAUGAUCUAGAUUCCGAAGAGAAGAAAAUUUUCCUGGACAUUGCAUGUUUCUUUAAUGGAUGGGACAAAGAUCGAGUAACGGAAGUACUAAACAGUUGCGAUAUUUCUGCAAUUAUUGGAAUAAAAGUCCUCAUAGAAAGAUCUCUCCUAAAUGUUUCGGAUGGAAGACUAAGAAUGCACGAUUUGCUCCAAGAAAUGGGAUGGGAAAUUGUCCGCCAAGAGUCUCAUAACGAGCUGGGCAGGUGCAGUAGGUUGUGGCUUCUUGAAGACGUCAAACAUGUCUUGGCCAACAAUACUGGAACUGAAGCAAUAGAAGGCAUAUUUGUGGACUCAACUGAGUUAGGAGUAGACGUGGACGGGGACGGGGACGUGGACGUGGACGUGACUCCAAAAUCAUUUUCAAUGAUGAACAAAUUGAGAUACCUGAGGAUCAAGAGUGGGAACCUGUCUAAGGAACUUGAGUAUCUUCCCAAUAGUUUACGGAUUCUUGAUUGGACGAGGUAUCCGUUAAAAUCUUUGCCAUCACAUUUCAACCCUCGGAAGCUGCUCCAACUAAGCUUGUCUCAUAGUUGUAUUGAACAUUUUCGGAUAGGAACAGGGCCUUUAGAGAAUUUGAAAACCAUUAAUCUGAGUCACUCUCGGAAUCUUGUCAACACCUCAAACUUUAAAAGUAUGCCACAUCUCGAGUUUCUGUUUCUUGAAGGUUGUAUAAAAUUGUCUGCGGUUGACCCAGGAAUUGGAGAGCUUGAAAGACUUACUGUGCUGCACUUGAAAGAUUGCAACAAUCUUGUGGGUCUUCCAAGCAGUGUAGGUGGCUUAAAAUCUCUCAAAUAUCUCAUUCUUUCUGGUUGCUCAAAGCUUCAGAAAUUGCCAGAUGAGUUGGGUCAUGUUUCUUGUUUGGAGGUGCUUGAUUUGAGUAGAACUGGCAUGACAGAAGUGCCCUCCCCUAUUGUUCAUUUGGAAAACCUCAAAAAAUUCUCUCUUGCUGGAUGUAAUUUACAUCCGUCAUCAACAUUUUGGAAUAUGCUUGUCUGUCAGUUUUUGCGACAAAGUCACAUUGCGGUAGGAUUGUCGUUGUCUCGUUUGUCGGGUUUGCAUUCAUUAACUGAAUUGAAUCUAAGUGAGUGCAAUCUUUCUGAAUUGCCCAGUGAAUUUGGAUGCUUGUCUACAUUAAGAAGAUUAGAUCUCAGCAGAAAUCAAUUCAUUAGACUACCCGACAGCAUCGGCCAACUCUCUAGACUUGAAUCUCUUCAGUUGCAUUGGUGCCGCAAGCUUCGGACAUUACCAGAGCUUCCAUCUCUUGCAUCGGUAGACGCUAGCCACUGCAUUUCAUUAGAUACUUUGGCCAAUCAAAUAGGGCAAUGUAAUUCGGUGCUAUUCGGAUCUUUUGUUAACUGUUUCAAACUGGUGGAGAAUGAAAGCACUGGGAGUAUAGCGGUUGCAUUGUUAAUACGCUACCUUAAGAGUAAAGCAUUUUCUGACCAUAAUAAUAGAUUUAACUGUAUUGUUCCUGGAAAUGAAAUUCCAGAGUGGUUCAAUCACCAAAGUGUGGGGGAUUCGAUAACCGUAGAGCUGCAACCAGGUUGGUUAAGUAACAAGUGGAUGGGAUUCGCCUGGUGUGUCGUUUUUAGAUUCCUCCUACCACAGCCGCCUUGGGCUGGGAUGUUCUUUAAUUGCAGACUUUUUGCCAAUGGAAAACGCAUGCCCUUAAAUUUUCAAUUUUUUGGGCCAGAGUGGGGAGCUCGAGAGUGGGGAGAGUUCUAUGCAAUUGAACCUGUGUCAGAUCAGAUUUGGUUGUCGAAUUUGCACCGUGAUUUUUGCAAACAUGAGUGGCAAGAUAUCUACUAUCAGCUUGAUUUCUCAAUUGAAAUCAACUACAUCGACGUGGAACAGAGUGAGGACCGAAAGAUACAUACGAAAGUUGUGGAAGUGAAGAAGUGUGGGGUCCGUAUGGUAUAUGAGGAAGAUGCAGAGGAGCCUUUGGAAACAUUAUUGCAGCAGAGCAAUGUCGGCAGUUUUACCAAGCGACGCCUUCAACACUAUGAUGGUGAUGAUGACGACGACGAUGCAUCAUCUAGUAGUGCAAGUCAAGCUCAUCCAAAAAAAAUGAAACAACUACACCUUGACGGCGCAGGACCCAGUGGAACCCCUUAUUCAUGACCAGAAUCGGAGACCCCAACGAAUCAUCGAAGGAAAAGACAUUGAAAAAGCAGGGGAGCUGGAUUACCAUUGGGCCGAGUUCGAUGACGUCCGGUACCACAUUCAGGGCUUGCGGGGAUCGUCUUAUUGUCAUUGGCGGUCCUAGGAAUCUCGGUGAAGGUUUCAUCGAGAUCAAUGCGUGGGUUCCGAGUGAAGGUCCUCCUCCGCAGUGGAACUUGCUUGCGAGAAAGCAAUCUGGUAACUUUGUCUAUAACUGUGCUGUAAUGGGAUGCUGAAGCUUCAUAUGUAUAAGAUUGGUUUGUCCACCAACACAGGAGUCUUGCUAAUUGGAGGAACUAAAAUCUGUUGAACGCCUCCAACCUGCUUCCCGAUCGAUGCUGCAAAGAGUAUGUUAGUUUUUCAAUUACCUUUUGAAGGCACCUAGUUUUAUAGUAAAAGGAACUGCAACGGAAUAUCUAUCAAAUUUGUUUGUUCUAGCCAUGAUUGCUGAUUUUGUGACUGCGAAUCCAGAUCCGUUGAUACCAACAAAUCGAAAGAAACAACAAUCCUGUCACUUUUGGAAAUGGCUCUGUGGAAUGCCCUGUUUUAGCUUGUCAUCGAUUUGCUGUUGCUGCUGUUGUGAUGGGUGCUCUCUUCACCUAGAAAUGCCACGCUGCUCCUGCUGUGGUUCAUGCAGUGGUUCAGGCUGCGGUUCAUGCUGUGUUUUAUGCAAGGGUUCAUGCUGCAGUCCAUGUAACUGUAAUUCGUGUUUCAGUUGCCCUUCACUACCAAAGUGGCGAUGUUGCUGCUCAUGUCCCCGAUCCCAUUGCUGCAAAACUAGUUCAUGUUCAUGCAGCAGAAAUUGCUGCAUUUUACCAUUGUGUUCGUGCUCAUGUCCCGAUUGCUCUUGUUUGAAUUGUUUCAAAUGGAAAUGCUCUUGUCCUAAAUGUCUGAAGGUACGGCCUUGUUGCUGUUGUAAAAUAACCUACUGUAACCCUUGCAGUACAUGUUUGUAGUAUUCAUGACAUCUCUUAUGGAAGCUCUGUAUCAUGGCUUUUUCAUAUUUAACUAGUCUAGAUAUGCUGCAAAUAUUCAUGUAUUAAAAUUGAGUUUAUGAAAUAAAUUUUAUAGUA